GUAAAAAAAAAAAGAAAAAACUCUCUUUUUAUGUCUCUCAGAAGAUAAACACAGCACUAUAUCUAGGUGUGUUCCAGUUUUGUCGGAGUCCUCUGAUUCCGGGGCUCUGUAUAUUUGUGUUAGGCUAUGAACCACUCCUUAAGCUCUUGUUGAUUUGACGCUUGGAGUGGUUAAAGCUUAUUGCUGUUCUAUUGAAAGCCUGGAGUGAAGAUGAGAGCAAUGGCCCGAUCUCUUCGCCACUUUCGAUGUACUUUUCGGCAUCAGAACUUUAAUUACUCUGGUGGUUUUGUGAAACCCCGGAAGCAUUUGAUGGGUAGCAAUACUUUGACUGCAUGUAAACUUACUACCAGUGCUGAAUUCGAUAGAUUUCGAUCCCAUACUUUUAUGAUCUCAAGGUUCUUGUCAGUAGAUGCCGCUGAAGUUACAAAUGGAGAUUUGAAUAGAGCAGGGCCUCUAGUUGAGUAUGAACGAAGAAUUGCUGCUGGCGAACUUGUGGAUGGCGAUAGCUGCCAGGUAGACACCUUAAGAGAACUUCAGAGACUAUACGAUGAACUUGUUGCUUCAGCUAAUGCAUGCCGGUUGGAUCGGUAUUUAGCUUCAGAAAAAGCUGGAAGGAGUAGGUGGUUGUGGUCUCGAUUCAUACCACAAUCUUCAUAUGCACCUGUCAAGGGUCUAUAUCUUUAUGGAGGUGUGGGCACUGGAAAAACAAUGUUGAUGGACUUGUUUUUUGAUCAAUUGCCCUCUAGUUGGAGGAAGAGCAGGAUCCAUUUUCAUGACUUUAUGUUGAGCGUUCAUAGCCGCUUGCAAAAGCACAAAGGUGUGGCAGAUCCACUCGAAAUGGUUGCAGGGGAAAUAUCUGACGAAGCAAUUUUAUUAUGUCUUGAUGAAUUUAUGGUUAACGAUGUCGCUGAUGCAUUGAUACUAAAUCGUCUAUUUAGACAACUGUUCAGCAAUGGUGCUAUUCUUGUUUCCACUUCAAAUCGUGCUCCAGAUAACCUCUAUGAAGGUGGAUUGCAGAGGGAUCUUUUUCUACCCUUCAUCUCCACUUUGAAGGAACGAUGUAUGGUUCAUCAAAUUGGUUCAUCAAUAGACUAUCGGAAGAUGACGUCGGCUGAGGAAGGUUUCUACUUUAUUGGCACGGACUUAUCUGGCUUUCUCAAGCAAAAGUUCCAUCAAUUAAUUGGGGAGCACAUAGCUACUCCACAAGAGGUGGAAGUGGUAAUGGGAAGGAAAUUGAAGGUUUCUCUCGGUGCUAAUGGAUGUGCAUUUUUUCCUUUUGAGGAACUCUGUGAUAGACCACUUGGAGCUGCAGAUUAUUUUGGAUUGUUCAAGAAUUUCCAUACCCUCGCAUUGGAAGGUGUCCCAAUUUUGGGACUACACAAUAGGACAGCAGCAUAUCGGUUUGUCACUUUAGUUGAUGUAAUGUAUGAUAGCAAGGCCAGACUGUUGUGUACAGCUGAAGGGAGUCCUCAAGAGCUUUUUGAAAGGAUAGUGACAAUUUCUGAUGCUAAGAACAUUGCACCUAGAACUUCUUCAAGAUCAAGGAAAAGUGAUGAUUUUGACCUUUGCGUGGACAAUGAACUGGGAUUUGCAAAAGAUCGCACCAUUAGUAGAUUAACUGAGAUGAACAGCAAGGAAUACUUAGAGCAGCAUGCUACUAUGUUUUUAGCCGAGAAGCAGCUCUCAUAGGAAGGUGGCAGUGAGGUGCCUUGUAGGGCGCAUGAUACAGGGAAGGAUCCAAUAUCUUCCCAAAUUGUUAGUAAAAUUGGAGAGUUGCAUAUGGUGAAGCUCAUCUCCCAGUUUUGGUGCCACCAUAAAUUAAAAGGUUUCAUUAUAUCAUCAUCAUUUGAAUAAAAAAUGUAAUAUAUCAUAUCAUAAAUUUGCACAGUUGUAACAAACAUUUUAUGCUAUCAAAGUUAUACCAUUUCAGUCCA